AUGUCUGAACGUAAAGUGUUAAAUAAAUACUAUCCCCCGGAUUUCGAUCCAUCAAAGAUCCCUCGCAUGAAAUUGGCCCGUAACCGUCAAUAUACGGUACGAUUGAUGGCUCCAUUUAAUAUGCGAUGUAAGACUUGUGGGGAAUAUAUUUAUAAAGGGAAGAAGUUCAAUGCUAGGAAGGAAGAUGUUGAAGGAGAUGAUUACUUAGGAAUUCGAAUAUAUCGAUUUUAUAUAAAAUGUACAAGGUGUCUACAAGAAAUUUCCUUUAAAACCGACCCAAAGAAUACGGAUUAUGAGAUUGAAGCAGGAGCGACUAGGAAUUUUAUGGCCUUAAAACUAGCGGAGGAGCAAGCACAGCGGGAGGAAGAUGAAGAGAAAGAAGAAGAGGCAACCAAUCCUAUGAAACUCUUGGAAAAGAGAACUCAGCAGUCGAAACAGGAAUUGGAGUUACUAGAGUCACUCGAAGAAUUAAAGGAUUUAAAUCGACGGCAACAGACAAUCGACUACGAUCAGAUGUUGCAGCAAUUUGAUACACAAACAGCUAAACAGAGAACAGAAAAGGAACAAGAAGAGUUAGACGAAGAGUACAUUAAGUCUGUGUUCGGCAAAAAGCCAUUGACUGGUGCUGUAGCUGAAGAAGAAGUCAUUGAGUUAACGGAAAAUGAAGAUAAAGAUGAUGCACCACCCAAAAAAAUAAGGAAGAAGGAGUCGAAAUCAAAAGUAAACGAUAGUGAUGUACCUGCAAAAAGUAAUUUUGGGAAAAGUGAAAGCAGCGUAAGUUAA